UUUUGUUUUUAUUUUAAUGGGUUUUCUCUACUUUUUUCUUCCCUUUUCUCUCUCAUCAUUUUGAACGCUUCGGUUUCGUCCUUUUGGGGCAUCUUGACUGCUGAUGACAGCUAUAAAGGGUCAACUUAUCUGAAACUAGGGUUUUCCUGAUUCUUUAAAGAGAGAGAAACUUGACUGAGAAAUAUUAAGCAGCAAUAAGGGUUUUGGUUGGCUUGUACCAACCCUUAUUGUUGUUCUUAAAUUUUGGUGGGUUUUGGUUGGUGAGUUGAGUCAUUUCUUGAUGUCAAAUGCAGGAUAUGAGAAGAAAACGUUGAAAUAGUUUGGAAGUGUUUUUGAUCAUUCUAGAGAGAGAGAGAGAGAGAGAGAGAGAGAGAGAGAGAGAGAGAGAGAGAGAACGCAAGCAAGAUCAAGUGUUCCACCACUAGAUGAGUGAUGAGUCUUGGGGGUUUCAUUGGUAGUAGUGGCGGCGGCAAUGGCCGUGGGGACUCUAGAAUAGUGGUGGUUGCUAGUUCCUACAAUGCCAUGUCCACUGCUCCUUUGGGGCAGCUCAUUGCCCGCCCUCUCUCUUUUGCCUUUAAACCUAAGAUGGAGGGACAAAGAAGUGAGAUGGCUCUGAUGGAGGAAAAUUAUCUAAUGGGAAGGCUGAAAGAGGACAUGCACGAGAGUCGGUCCGAGAGUGAUAAUGUGGAAGGUGCAUCGGGCGAUGAUCAAGAUGCCACCAGGAAUAAACAGAAAGGGAGGAAGAAAUACCAUCGACACACUCCCCAGCAAAUUCAAGAGCUUGAAGCUUACUUCAAGAUGAAUAAUCAUCCUGAUGAGAAAGAGAGGUUGGAACUUGGUAAGAGGCUAUCCUUGGAGGGCAAACAAGUCAAGUUUUGGUUUCAGAAUCGACGGACCCAAAUGAAGACUCAAGCGGAGCGCCAUGAGAACAGUUACCUCAAACAACAAAACGAGGAACUUGUAAUUGACAAUAUAAGAAUGAAGGAGGCCAUGGGGAACCCAAUUUGCAGCAAUUGUGGUGGGCCAGCGAUUCUGGGCGAAAUAUCUAUUGAGAAGCACCAUCUCAGGGUCGAGAAUGCAAGACUGAAGGAAGAACUAAAUCGGAUCUCCACCCUGACGAAUAAGUUUUUGGGACGGCCGUUGUCUUCAUUCGCUGGCGCUGUCCACCCUCCAAUGUCAAACACUAACUUGCAACUUGCUGUUGGAAUAAAUUGCUUCAGUGGUUUAAGCUCAGUAGACACCACAUUUCCCAUUGGACUUGAUUCGAAAGAUGGCAUUUUGAAUUCGUCACCAGUUAUGCCCACAGUGCCAACACAACCUAAUGGCAUAGCACACGAUGAUUCGUUUCAGAAAUCGGUAUUCCUAGAUCUGGCAUUGCGUGCAUUGGAUGAGUUAGUUAAGUUGGCUCAGAUUGAUGAUCCUCUCUGGAUCCGAAGCUUAGAUGGUGGGGGAAGGGAAGCAUUGAAUGAGGAGGAGUACAUCAAGUUGUGUCCUCCUUGUAUCGGAAUGAAACCCAGUGGCUUUGUAGCGGAGGCUACAAGGGCAAUGGGUACGGUGAUGGCCAAUAGCUUGGCCCUUGUGCAGAUGUUGAUGGAUGCGAAUCAAUGGUCAGAAAUGUUCCCUUGCACGAUUGGAAGAACAUCUAUUAUAGAUGUGAUUUUUAGCGGCAUGGAUGCAUCUAGAAAUUGUUCUCUGCAAUUGAUGCAUGCGGAGUUCCAGGCUCUUUCACCUCUGGUUCCUGUUCGUCAUAUCAAGUUUCUACGGUUAUGCAAACAUAUUGCUGACGGGGUGUGGGCUGUGGUUGAUGUGUCUGUUGACGGCAGCCGACAAUUUUCAGAUGCACACUCAUUUGCCAACUGCCGGAGGCUUCCUUCUGGUUGCAUUGUUCAGGAUAUGCCAAAUGGUUAUUCCAAGGUAAUGUGGGUUGAACAUACAGAAUAUGAUGAGAGUGUAGUCCACCAUCAGUACCGACCAUUACUCAGCUCUGGCAUGGGCUUUGGUGCACAAAGAUGGCUCGCCACCCUACAAAGGCAGUGCGAGUGCUUGGCUGUCCUCUCUUCCAUCUCUUCCGUUGAAGAUCAUUCAGGAAUUACAUUGCAUGGUAAGGCAAGCAUGGUUAAGUUGGCCCAACGCAUGACUCGCGAUUUCUGUGCCGGGGUCUGUGCAACCACGCAUGCAUGGCAGCUAGUUCAAGCUGGAAAUGUGGGUGAAGAGGCAAGGUUGAUCAUACGGAAUAGCGUGGAUAAACCUGGAGAACCAUCUGGAAUUGUGUUGAGCGCCACAACAUCAGUUUGGAUGCCCAUAAUGCAUCAACGUCUGUUUGAUUUCUUGCGAAAUGAGCAACUGAGGAGCGAGUGGGAUGAGUUAUCUCAUGGUGGGCCAAUGCAAGAGAUGGUCCACGUGGCCAAGGGCCAAGAUCGUGCCAACUGUGUUUCUCUUCUUCGUGCUACCGCUGCUAAUACAAACCAGAAUGCCAUGUUGAUACUGCAAGAGACGCAAACAGAUGCAUCGGGCUCGCUUAUAGUGUACACAGCAGUUGACGUAGGUGCAAUGCAGAUGGUUAUGAACGGAGGAGAUUCCACUUCUGUGGCUCUCCUGCCAUCAGGAUUUGCAAUCGUUCCAGAUUGUUUUCCUGAUUCUGCUAGCUCUAACGACCAUAAGGACAUUUCGAUUAAAGGCAGUGGUGGGUCCCUGUUGACUUUGGGGUUCCAAAUUUUGGUUAAUAAUCCUCCUUCGGCCAAGCUCACAAUGGAGUCUGUCGACACGGUCAACUGUCUCAUCUCUCGCACGAUUCAGAGGAUCAAAUCUGCUCUUCACUGCAAUUAACGUGGGUGCGGUUAUCCUCCAAGUUUAUCCUAGUUUGUCUAUUUUUGAGUUCGGCGAAACCAUUUAUAGGACCUAUGAAAAGUUGCAAAGAAUGGUUGAGUCAAGAACGAACCCUGGUGAAGGGUGGCGGUUCGGGUAUUGACUCGGUUCUCAAUAGUCUAUUGUUUUUGUUGUUUUUAUGUCGUAUGGUAUAGGAAGGGGAAACUGAAGUAGUGUGAUUGUGGGAUGGAGGGAUUUCCUUUUACGGAUUCUGGUUUUUCAUUCUCUUUUUGCGUUGAAUGCGAUGUUGUUCUUUUGUUCUUCUAUUUAUGUUUGUUCUGAA